UACAUGACAGAAAAGGCACAAAAUAUCUCAAGACAACGGUGGUUAGGUGCUUCAAAGUUGGACAAAAUGAUUACCAAUUGCCACUAACUUCAAUUAUACAAGUCUGCUUUUGGUCUCUGCUAUCCCCUGCAACGCACAUUCGCUAUCAUCUCCCUCCUCUUAAUUCCUCCUUCUUCCCUUUAGUCCCCAUAGUUGCAGCUUCGAAAGGUCAGAAUUUGAAGCAAUGGCAUUUGCAGGAACAACCCAGAAGUGCAUGGCAUGCGACAAGACUGUCUAUCUUGUGGAUAAGUUAACAGCCGAUAACCGUGUCUAUCAUAAGGCCUGCUUCCGAUGCCAUCACUGUAAAGGAACCCUCAAGCUUGGCAACUACAAUUCCUUUGAAGGAGUACUCUAUUGCAGGCCACAUUUCGAUCAACUCUUCAAGAGAACUGGCAGUUUGGACAAAAGCUUUGAGGGGACACCGAAAAUUGUAAAAUCUGAUAAACCUGCUGAUGGUGAGAAACCUAAUGCAGCUAAAGUCUCAAGCAUGUUCGGUGGAACCAGAGAAAAAUGCUUUGGCUGUAAGAACACUGUCUAUCCAACUGAGAAGGUUUCCGUGAAUGGAACUCCUUACCACAAGAGCUGCUUCAAAUGCAUCCAUGGAGGAUGUGUAAUUAGCCCAUCCAACUACAUUGCACAUGAGGGUAGACUCUACUGCAAACACCACCACAACCAGCUCAUUAAGGAGAAGGGCAACUUAAGCCAACUUGAGGGUGAUAAUGAGGAAUCCAUGAACAAGAAAGUUAAUGGAAGAGAAGUUACUGCUGAAUCAUAGGCUGUCAACGAAUGAUAUGCCUUAAUCCCGCAUCUUCCUCCCUUCCCAUGUUGUUGCCACACUUCAUGUUUGUUCUUCCCUGCAGUCCAAAUGGCUUUGUGCUUAUAAGUAGAUGAGAUUCUUCGUGAUAUCCUAAUUGCAGUGUGCGAUUUUUGUUUGUUGUAUUUUGGCUUUUGUUCUACUGUGUGUGCUCAGGUGAGAUUCGAACACCUAAUUUGAUUCUCAUACAUCAUAUGGAGAGCUCAGCUGUUGUAAUUUGUGUAUUCUUUAUUGACCUGAUGAUCAGCAUUGCACUUCCUGCA